AUGGCGUCCACGAGCUCAAAUACGAGCAGAAAUAGAAAGAGAAAUAGCAUGCAAGACUCGAUCAACAACGUCGGCCUGGAAUCUAUGCACCAAGACGACGAGCCGUCCGAGCCUCUGUCCCCCUACGACACACUCACAAAGGAUCAGCUCCAGGGCAUCUCGCGCUACAACGAAUCGAUCAUUCGAGAACAGUUUGCCAAUGGCACCGACGUGGGCAAGUCGGUCUAUCUACAACAGGUUCUCGCAGAGCAACAGGCCAUCGAGGCCAGACUCGCAAUGCUAGAACAGCGGCCAGACGAACGGGAAGAAUACCUCAAAUCUCUACCUCCACUCCCAGAAUAUGUCCUCUCCGUCAAGAAUCGUGCCGCGCAGCGUCCAUUGGUGCUCCGGGGACGAGGCCAAGUCAUGUCGAUUGAAGACGCGGCGAGGAUAGAACGCCAAUACGCAGACUCACAGAAGAGGCCAGUCAGGCAACGACCGCAAGAUACGUCGAGCCUGAGCGAGCAGGAGAAGCAUCGACUCAUCCUCGAAUACAUGCAAGUCAUUCACCGUCUUCUUGACGACACGGACGAAGACGAAUAUUGGGCCGAUGAUGGUGAGCCCGCUGACGAGGCUGGCGCCGUCGGAGGAGAGUGGAUCGACACAAAUGACCUAUCACACCUGAUUACCGUCGAUCGAGAACGCAUCGCCGCAGGCGGUUUCUACACAAACUUUGUCGAUGACCCAUAA